AUGUCCGAUAAUGACUUGCUGUGUGUUUUGAAUAAUAAUAAAUUAAUUCUAAACUUACUAGAAGAUGAAUUGGAAGAUAAUGAAAUAUUAUUUUCGUAUUUGUUGCCUAAAAAAAGGAAACCAAUUGAUUCCUUAUUUUUAAACCACGAUUCUGAUGGAUAUUUUAAAAUCCUAAUAAAUAGACAUUUGUUCGAAAAUAACGUCAAAUUUCGAGAGUUUUUUCGUAUUAGUCGCGAACAAUUCGAUUUUUUGGUAUCGUUAGUUGAAUUGGAACUUACAAAAUUAUCAUCCAGGAGAGUAAAAGACCCCAUUUCAGCAGCGGAAAAAUUGGCAAUUACCUUGAGAUAUAUGGCUACGGGUGAAUCAUUACGAUCUUUAUCGUUUGGUUUUCGAAUUUGUCGCACCUACAUAAGUAGAAUUCUUAAACAAACUUUGGCUGUAUUGAAAUCAAAAUUAAUACCAAUAUUUUUGAAAGACCCAAAAAACGUAGAUUUUAAAGGCAAAGCAGCAGAAUUUAGUUGUAAAUGGAAUUUUCCAAAUUGCAUUCUAGCAAUAUAUGGGAAACAUAUACGUAUACGUAGUCCAAAAAAUUCGGGAAGUUUAUUUCAUAAUUAUAAGGACUUCUUUUCCAUUGUGUUAUUGGCAAUGGUUGAUGGAAACUAUAAAUUUAUAGUAGUAGAUAUAGGUUCUUAUGGAAAGGAAGGUGACAGUGGCAUUUUCCUAAAAUCAACUAUGGGCAAACAAGUUUUGAACGGAUCAUUUGGUUUUCCGGAAGAUUCUACACUACCUGGGUCUAGCAUAGUCGUACCCCGCGUGAUUGUUGGUGAUGAAGCGUUCAGGCUGCAUAAGCAUAUAAUGAAGCCCUAUACAAAGAAAGCUGGUAGAGACGAUCCGAUAAAUUUAGAUACAUCAACUUGUGAAGAUUUAAUUUGGGUAGCGUGUUGCUUGCACAAUAUGUUGAGAACUGGUUAUAUGGAAAAAAAUAAUCACCCAUUUUACGAUUACGAAGAUGAACAAUCAACACCAACAAAUAACAUGUUACCAUUAUCAAGAGGAGGUGGAUUUAUCAACAUUGAAGGUUUUGAUGUAAGAGAUCGUUUCAAGUCAUACUUCAAUAAUGAAGGCUCUGUACCAUGGCAAUAA